AUGUUGAGGGUGGAGAACCUAGCCCGAGAGAAUACCGUAGAAACAAAGGAGAGUUUUCUCACUAGGAAAUUUUUGCGGGCCAAACCGGAUAAGUUCCAUGGUGGCCCCGAGCCCAAGAAAGCGGAUGAGUGGAAGGAGCAAACGGUGAAAACAUUCGAAAUGCUUCACACUGAGGAUAACGAGCUAAGGGUGACUCUAGCGAGUUACUAUCUCAAGGGGGAUGUGGGCCAAUGGUGGAAGUACGGCAGUGGUAAAGUGGAGCCGACAUGGAAAGCCAUUGUGGUUGCUUUCCCAAACAAGUAUCUACCUCCCACUGCUAGGGAGAGGUUGAGGCAAGAAUUUCAAGACCUCAAGCAAGUUAAUAUGUCCGUGGUCGAGUUUGAGAUGGCCUUCUCUAGUUUGUCCCGGUUUGCACCGGAGUUAGUGGCAACAGAAGAGUGCCAUUGCAUUGAGUUUGAGAAGAAGUUGAGAACUAAGAUCUUAUUCAAGGUUGCCGAGAAUAUGAUCCAGAACUAUAACCAUCUUGUGAAGGUGGCGGCACAUGUGGAGAUUACGGUACAAGCCGAGGAGGAAAGGAUUCAGGAUUCGAGGUCUAGAGGCCAAGAGUCACAGGGAGAUUUUAGACCCAGUAAGAAAAACAGGGGAACUUUUCCAUCUCAAUCCCAAUCACAACAGUCUAGAUCUACCUUUCCCUUGCCUAGUGCGGGCCCGGGAAAGAGCGCACCGGGUAAUUUCCCGUGUUUCAAGUGUGGCCAACCAGGUCACAAGGCCUUUUCUUGCCCACAGAAGGGGGGAGGACAGUAG